AUGGAUAGAGAAUCAAAGGAGCUUCAAUCCCUGGGCUCGAUCGGAAUCUACAAGGAAUCCUUCAAGAUCAUAUUCUCAUGGCGAAAAAUCUUUACCAAGAUCACCUUCGCACUUAUCCUCCCAUACACCUUCAUCUUCUUAGCUUACACCUUAGUCUCUGACAUCUUAUUCUCCAAUAUCAUCAACAACAGCCGCCUCCUCCAAGAUGGAAUCUCAUCGGAGGAACGGGUCACUAUCUGGCUCGUCAAGGUGGCUUACCUCGUCUUCUCUGUCAUCUUCUCCCUCCUUUAUACCUCUGCUGUUGUGUACACCACCGCAUCUUUUAACACCACCAAAGAACCAACCUUCAAGAAAGUCAUGACCAUCAUCCCCAAGGUCUGGAAACGCUACAUAGUUACCUAUCUAUGGACCUUCAUCAUCCUCUUCUUAUACACUGUUAUCGCUAUGGUUUUCAUAUCGCUUUCCCUUAUCUUCUUCGUUCUUGGUCCUCUUCAAACAAGUAAGAGCUCAGCUGCACUUUUCAACCCUGGAAUCGUGGCAGGCACAGUACUUCUGAUCGUUCUUGUUGUUCUAUAUUUCAGUGGGGUUGUUUAUAUGAGUACUGUCUGGCAGUUUUCUUGGGCGAUUUCUGUUUUAGAAGAUUGCAAGGGUACUAAGGCCAUGAUGAAGAGUAAGGCCUUGCUUAAGGGGAAGAUGAGGGUUGCGCUUGCGAUCUUGUUUGAGUUUAGUAUCGUGUUAAUGAUGAUACAGUUUGGGUUUAAGAAGAUGGUGGUGGAAGGGGAGAAGUUGGGGAUGGGGAUGUGGAUUAGGGUUUUGAGUGGGAUAGUUUGCUUCUUGUUGCUGAUGCAGUUUUUUCUGUUUUGGAUGGUUGUUCAGACUGUGUUUUACAUUGUUUGCAAAUCUUAUCACCAUGAGUGCAUCGAUAAGUCUCUCUUGGAAGAUCAUCUCGAGGUUUAUGGUUAUGUUGGAGAGUAUGCCCCUCUUAAGAUUAAGGAUGAUGUUCAAUUGGAGCAAUGUGAUGUGUAA